UUUAGAUUGCCAUAACCUCACAUUUCCACUCGUUCUUUUUAAAUUUCAAAUACAAUUACGAUGGUGCGAAAAAAGAUUGAUAAUCGUAUUCGUGUCCUGAUUGAAAAUGGCGUUAAAUUGGGUCACAGAACCCUAUUUGUUGUCGUUGGAGAUAAAGGCAGAGAUCAGGUGGUUAUACUUCAUCACAUGCUGUCCAAAGCGGAAGUGAAAGCAAGACCUACGGUCUUGUGGUGUUACAAAAAAGAGCUCGGUUUCAGUAGCCACCGUAAGAAGAGAAUGAAACAUCUACAGCAGAAGAUCCAAGCGGGAAAGUUGAACGUGAACGAAGAUGACCCGUUUGAUUUGUUUGUGUCGUCUACCAAAAUCCGAUAUUGUUAUUAUUCAGAGACUCAUAAGAUUUUGGGGAAUACUUAUGGAAUGUGUGUUUUACAAGACUUUGAGGCAUUAACACCCAACUUGCUAGCACGUACAAUUGAAACAGUUGAAGGGGGAGGAUUAAUAGUUAUUUUAUUACGGACGCUGUCUUCCUUGAAGCAAUUGUAUACUCUUAGCAUGGAUGUACACCAACGAUUUCGAACAGAAGCUCAUCAGGAUGUCGUUUGUAGAUUUAACGAAAGAUUUUUGUUGUCUUUAACGUCUUGCAAACGGAGCUUAGUUGUUGACGACCAAUUGACCGUACUACCAUUGUCAUCUCACAAUCUACAUGUAAAUCCAGUUGACAAACCCGAAGAGCUAACCGAAAAUGAAGUAGAAUUAUCUAACUUAAAAACGAAUUUACGUGACACUCCUCCGGUGGGUGUUUUGGUUAACUGUUGCAAAACACUUGAUCAAGCGAAGUCGUUAUUAAAAUUCAUCGAGGCAAUAUCGGAAAAGACACUCCGAUCGACAGUUUCGUUAACAGCCGCUCGUGGCCGUGGAAAGUCGGCGGCUUUGGGAUUAUCCGUUGCUGCCGCUGUUGCCUUUGGUUAUUCGAAUAUUUUCGUUACCAGUCCUAGCCCCGAGAAUCUCAAUACCUUCUUUGAAUUUAUCUUUAAAGGGUUUGACGCUUUGGAGUAUCAAGAACACUUAGACUACAGUCUGGUGCAAUCGACCAAUCCGGAAUUUAAUAAGGCAAUUGUUCGUGUUAAUAUCUUUAGGGAUCAUCGACAGACUGUGCAGUAUAUUCAUCCGACCGACAGUCAUCGUCUUUCUCAAGCUGAACUUCUUGUAAUUGACGAAGCUGCUGCUAUUCCAUUGCCUUAUGUGAAAGCAAUGUUGGGUCCCUAUCUGGUUUUCCUAGCAUCAACCAUUAAUGGUUAUGAGGGCACGGGGCGUUCCUUAUCGUUAAAAUUACUGCAGCAAUUGAGGAUCCAAGCAGUACCUGUGGGAGCAAAUACAAAUAUGGCCAAUAAAAAGAGUAAUGCAGCUGCAACGGGACGUACGUUACACGAGAUAACUUUAGAAGAAUCAAUUCGUUACAAACCAGGAGAUAGUGUGGAAGCAUGGUUAACAAAGUUACUUUGCUUAGACGCGACAUCAGUGGCUCCAAUUCUUUCCGGAUGCCCCCCACCGGAUAGUUGUGAUUUAUAUUACAUCAAUCGAGACACUCUAUUUUGUUAUCACAAGGCGUCGGAGGAAUUUCUGCAGCGACUAGUUGCCUUGUAUGUUGCCUCACAUUAUAAGAACUCUCCAAACGAUUUGCAAAUGAUGUCUGACGCUCCCGCUCAUCAUCUAUUCUGUCUACUUGGACCAGUAAAUCCGAAUAGAACCAGUUUGCCCGAAGUAUUAGCGGUAGUACAGGUUUGUUUAGAAGGGCAGAUAUCUAAGGAUUCCGUGGUCGAUGGAUUUUCUAGAGGAAAAAGAGCAGCCGGAGAUUUGAUACCUUGGACAAUCGGACAGCAGUAUCAAGAUCCGGACUUUCCUAAGCUGUCGGGUGCACGCGUUGUGCGCAUUGCUACGCAUCCAGAUUUUCAAGGGAUGGGUUACGGCUCAAGAGCACUCAACUUGUUAAAACAGUACUACGAGUUUCAAUUUCCCAAUCUGGAAGACACUGAAGAAGAGGCGGUUGAUGAUAUCGGAAAUGUUGCGGAGGAACAGAUUAACUUGUUAACUGAAAGCAUUGAACCGAAAAAAUCUUUACCGCCGCUUCUGUUAAAGCUAAGCGAACGUACACCCGAAAAGCUCGAUUAUUUGGGCGUUUCGUUCGGCUUAACAGAGCCACUUUUGAAGUUUUGGAAAAGGGGCGACUUCGUUCCUGUCUACAUGCGACAAACCACCAAUGAUUUGACAGGGGAGCAUUCAUGUAUUAUGUUGAAUGCUCUUAAGGUCGAUGAGGAUUUUAACGAUAGCUGGUUGAAUGCGUAUUGGACUGAUUUUCGGCGCAGAUUCUCAUCGCUUUUAUCGUAUCAGUUUAGUGCAUUUACUCCUGCGGUAGCUUUGGGCGUUUUGAACAAUAAGGCCAUGAAGACUACUUCUACAUUUCUUUCGAAACCAGAACUCGACGCGCAUUUGACUAAUUAUGACAUUAAACGACUAGAAAUGUACAGCAAUAAUUUGGUAGAUUAUCACCUAAUCGUUGACUUAAUGCCCGCUCUCGCCAGACUAUAUUUCCUCAAUAAGAUGGGUGACACGCAAAUCUCAGCUGUGCAGUCGGCCAUACUGCUAGGUGUAGGACUACAACACAAAACCGUCGAUACUUUGGCGACAGAAUUGGAUCUACCCGCCACACAAUUACUUGCGUUAUUUAAUCGUCUGAUCAGAAAGUUUGUGUCUUAUCUUAAUUCGAUUUUGGAGGAGGACGUCGAAAAGUCUCUCAUUCCUAGAAAGGAGGUUAAUUUGGCGCCAGUAGCGACGAGCAUGCAACAGGAAUUAGAGGAAGCUGCAAAAGAGCUGCAAGCGAAACAAAAGAAAGAACUGGAAAAAUUAAAGAGGGAGAAUUUGGAACAGUUCGCGAUUAAAGGAUCUGAAGACGAGUGGAAGAAGGCGUUAUCAAGUAAAGGUGGCAAACAGUUAAUUACUGUUAAAAGUGACUCUACUGAAUAGUCUUUAAGGAUGUACGUAAACUAAGUAAAGCGGGGAAAAACGAAUGCACGAAAGUACUAAUGGUAACCAGGAGAUUGAUACACCUUUAAAGAAGAAGAAGAAACCUAAGAAAAAUAAAAUGAAAUUUUAAAUUUGUUUUUUAAAUAAGAACAAAUUGAACGAUUUUGUUUCUGAACUUAAAGUUUGACUACUGCAAUAAAGGAACCCUUGUUAUUA